CGAAGAAUCCCGUUUCAUCAGAUUUUGAGGGAAUCUGAGCCACUAAAAUAGCCUGAGGCCUUUAACAGCUCGCUUAUCCUCCACAUCCACCAUCUCAGCUUCGCUCUUCCCUGUGCUUCUCUUCUCUGAUGGCACUGUCAAGCCCACACAUCCAAAGAUUACUCGUCACCAAACUCCAUGGCCGUUCCACCUCCAGUAAUGGCAUCCGCAGAAACAGCGUCGCCAAUACGAGCAGAGGCCGCUGCUGCUCCGCCAUAGCCAUCGAUACUCCUUCGUCUUUUUCGGACGUGGCAGGCAUCCGAUGGGGAUCCAUUGCUUUGCAGGGUCUUCGCGAAGAGAUGGAAGAUGACAUUGUUGUUCGUCCUGAUGGCCUCCAUGGCUUCUCUUUUGCAGCUGUGUUUGAUGGCCAUGGAGGAUUUUCGUCUGUCGAGUUUCUCAGGGAAGAACUGUACAAGGAGUGUCUUGCAGCUUUACAUGGUGGGUUAAUAUUGGAUAGGGAAGAUUUCCAGGCCAUUAAAGCAGCAUUAGAGGAGGCAUUUGUCAAUGCCGACACAAGUUUGUUAAAACGGCUUGAAAUGAAUGAAGAUGAAUCUGGCGCUACAGCAACUGCAAUGUUCGUCAGAGAUGAUGUGCUUCUCAUUUCGCAUUUAGGUGACUCAUCUGCGGUUCUAAGCCGGGCUGGUAGAGCGGAAGAGCUGACUAGUCCCCACCGACCAUAUGGGAGCAAUAAAUUCUCUCUUCAAGAAAUUAAAAGAAUCAGAGAAGCAGGUGGAUGGAUUGUCAAUGGGAGAAUUUGUGGAGACAUUGCUGUAUCUCGUGCAUUUGGGGAUGUAAGAUUCAAAACAAAGAAGAAUGAAAUGCUGAGAAAAGGGACCGAGGAAGGAAGAUGGUCAGAAAAAUUUGCUUCUCGUGUACAGCUCAACAGAGACCUAAUCAUUGCAUGCCCUGAUAUUAAUCAAGUACAUCUUGGCUCGGAUGCAGAAUUUAUAGUAUUGGCAUCUGAUGGCUUAUGGGACUACAUGAAAAGGUCUAAGUUACAUAAAUGGUCAUUUUCUUAUAAUGUCUCUUUAAGAGAGGAGAAAUCACCUUCUCCUUCUUCCUACCAUUUCAGCUCAGAAGCAGUUUCAUUUGUGAGGAAUCAACUUCGGGAACAUGGUGAUAUUCAGCUUGCCUGCGAAGCUCUUGCACGAGCAGCUCUGGAUCGACGCACACAGGAUAACAUUAGCAUCAUAAUUGCUGAUUUAGGGCGGACAGAUUGGCGGAACUUGCCACUUCAGCAGCAAAACGUUAUUUAUGAGGCGGUCCAAGCUUUAGCCACCAUUGGAAUAGUGUCACUUGGAAUUUGGUUUUCAUCCCAGAUUUUAUGAAUGGAAGAAGAUUAGUCGUCAAUGUAUAUAAACAGACACAUAGAUUUUUAGACUUCUUGCCUGUAUAACCUAAUUGUACAUUCUCACUUCUUGAAAUCUACUUGGUUUAAGACACAGAGCGUCAUUGUUAUAUUCUGAUGCUAAAAUUCGAUUCUC